ACCAAGGAAGCAAGAAACCCUAGAUAACAGCAAACCCUAUUGAAAUGAAUUACUUCUCUUGGAGGACCUAGAAAACUCCUAGAGGUGUAUUGUGACAGCACGCUAGGGGAAGGGAAGGCUAUUGUGUCUGGCUACCCAAGUGGCGAUUGGUUUACCCUUUUAUUGUACCUCAAACCUUAAAGUAAACACUAUUGAAGCUGGUUAAAGAUAACCAAAAAUAUGUUUAUUGAACACAGGAAAUGGUAAAUUUAGGCAGGAUUCUUGAACAUAUAAUAGAAAACAGAGAUUGUAGAUUGGGUUUAAUUACACAGAAAAUAAACCUUUACUGUAUUAGAAACAAUAUGAGGUAAAAUCACUGAAAUUAUAAAAAAAUAAAACUAUAUUGAUUGAGAAUGAAGGGUAUAAAGACUAUAAAAGAUAAGCACACAAGCUAUGAGGAAACUAUAAGCUAAGGUAGGUACUAGGCUGUGAGGUGAGGUAAGUACCCGCUGUGAGGUGAAAGCUUUCUAUAAUGUAAGUACAAGCAGUGGUGGUAUAUUCUAUAGGCUAUGAUGGUAACUAUAAGCUAAGAUAUCUUUGAGGUAAGUACCAACUAUGGUGUUAAGUACCUAAAGCUAUGAGGAAACUAUAAGCUAAAUACAAGGCUAUGAGGUAAACUAUAAGCUAUGCUCUUGAUAAAUACUUUAGGCAAUCUAUAUAUAUAAAAGAGUGAUGGAAUCCCGGCAACCAACAAAACAACAAAACUAAACACCUCACAACCUCGAAAAUUGACAGCACAACCCCUCAUCCACGCUUCUAGGUUGAUACAACAAAAAGAAAAGAAAAAUAAAGUCCUAAUUACAGGGAGAGGAAUAAUUGUUUUUAUCCAAUUGCUGCCAGUUAGAAGGCUAAGCUCCACCCACUUGGUCUCCUAGCAACCCAAUCAGCCCAGGGGACAGGCAGAGUUAGGCCUCACUUAGGCCUCUUCCACACUUCCUAUAAAAUACAGAUUAUCAGAUUUGAACUGGAUUAUAUGGCAGUGUAGACUCAAGGCCCUUCCACACAGCUAUAUAACUCAUUUAUAAUCUUAUAUUAUCUGCUUUACCCUUUACCUUAACUACCACCAAUUCCUCAAUACAGCAGAGUCUCACUUAUCCAACAUAAACGGGUCGGCAGAACGUUGGAUAAGCGAAUAUGUUGGAUAAUAAGGAGAGAUUAAGGAGAAGCCUAUUAAACAUCAAAUUAGGUUAUGAUUUUACAAAUUAAGCACCAAAACAUCAUGUUAUACAACAAAUCUGGCAGAAAAAGUAGUUCAAUACGCAGUAAUGCUACAUAGUAAUUACUAUAUUUACGAAUUUCGCACCAAAAUAUCAUGAUAUAUUGAAAACAUUGACUACAAAAAUGCGUUGGAUAAUCCAGAACGUUGGAUAAGCGAGUGUUGGAUAAGUGAGACUCUACUGUACUUUAUUUCCCAUACCACCAUACUUCGCCACAGCAACGCGUGGCCGGGCAUAGCUAGUAAUAACUAUGUGGUAAUUACACAAGCUAUGAGGAAACUAUAAGCACUAUCUAUAAUGGUAAAUACCUAAAGCUAUUAUCUUUGUGAGAAGUACAAGCUAUAGGUAAAUACAAGCUAUGGGUAAGUACCUAAACUAUGACCUAUGUGGUAAUUACGUGAUAUAAUUGCCUGUAUUGGUUUGCCAGGCCAAAAGAAACCCAGACAAUUCUUUUGACCGAACUCUUGCUCUGGAAUGCAAAAGGAGGGAAAAAAAGCCUUUAGAGACUAGUUCACAGGCUGAACCAUCUCAUCCAAUCCUACAGGGGAGUCCCAAGCUCCACCCCCAAAACAAGAGCCAAUGGAACAUUCCACCCAAGAACAGCAAAGCAGGAAAUAAGCAAGGGAGAGAAACCCAGAAACACAUCACAUGUAUCCUUGCUUGCAAUUGCUAGGUCCUUCAACACAAAACUCUGGUCACCUCUGGCAAAAGCAUAAUAUAGAAUUUCCUAGAGAAGCUGGAAAAUUCCUAAAGAGGACAUAUUUGGUCAAAUAUGGUAAUUGCAAGUUUUCGAGGAGCAGUCCCACAUGGCUUAUCACUGGAGAUUGGAGACACUGUUCAAAUACUGGAGAAAUGUGAUGGCUGGUACAGAGGAUUUGCCUUAAAAAAUCCAAAUCUCAAGGGUAUCUUCCCAUCCAGUUACAUUCACUUGAAAAAUGCAUGUGUUAAGAACAAAGGGCAAUUUGAAAUGGUUGUUCCAACAGAAGAUUCUGUCAUUACAGAGAUGACAUCGACUUUAAGAGAUUGGGGCACAAUGUGGAAACAACUUUAUGUGAGAAACGAAGGGGAUCUCUUUCACCGAUUAUGGCACAUAAUGAAUGAAAUUCUAGACCUGCGACGGCAGGUCUUGGUGGGACAUCUCACUCAUGAUAGGAUGAAGGAUGUCAAACGGCACAUCACUGCCCGCCUGGACUGGGGCAACGAGCAACUGGGAUUAGACUUGGUGCCAAGAAAGGAAUAUGCAAUGGUAGAUCCAGAAGAAAUCAGUAUUACAGAGCUAUAUAGACUUAUGGAGCACCGUCAUCGCAAGAAAGACACACCUAUUCCAGCAAGCAGCCACCAUCUCUUUGUUCAGAUGAAGAGCUUGAUGUGUUCCAAUUUGGGAGAAGAACUGGAAGUAAUCUUCUCACUUUUUGAUAGCAAAGAGAAUCGUCCAAUCAGUGAGAGAUUUUUUUUAAGGCUUAAUCGGAAUGGUUUACCAAAAUGUCCAGAGAAGCCAGAAAGACAUUGUUCUCUUUUCGUGGAUUUGGGAAGCAGUGAACUCAGGAAGGACAUCUACAUCACUGUCCACAUUAUACGCAUUGGUCGAAUGGGAGCUGGCGAAAAGAAAAAUUCUUGCAAUGUACAGUACCGAAGACCUUUUGGUUGUGCAGUCCUCAGCAUAGCAGACCUACUAGCCGGUGAUACAAAAGAUGACCUUGUUUUAAAAGUAUACAUGUGCAACACAGAAAGUGAUUGGUAUCAGAUCCAUGAAAACAUCAUCAAAAAAUUAAAUGCUCGUUACAACCUAACUGGAUCCAAUGCUGGCCUGGCUGUCUCUCUUCAACUGCUACAUGGAGACAUUGAACAAAUCAGGAGGGACUACACAUCCAUGUUUACCCAUGGAGUUUCUAUAACAAGGAAGUUGGGCUUUUCCAAUAUUAUUAUGCCAGGUGAAAUGAGAAAUGAUUUAUAUAUCACGAUAGAAAGAGGAGAAUUUGAAAAAGGAGGAAAAAGUGUGGCCCGGAAUGUGGAAGUAACAAUGUACAUUGUAGACUGUGGUGGUCAAAUUUUAAAGGAUUUUAUUUCCUUUGGCUCUGGAGAACCACCCGCCACUGAAUUCCACUCAUUUGUGUUGUACCACAACAACAGUCCUAGAUGGGCUGAGCUGCUGAAACUUCCCAUUCCUGUGGAUAAAUUCAGGGGAGCACACCUUCGCUUUGAAUUCCGACACUGUUCCACAAAAGAAAAGGGGGAGAAGAAGUUGUUUGGUUUUUCUUUCGUUCCUCUGAUGCAGGAAAAUGGAAGGACGCUGCCAGAUGGCACUCACGAGCUCAUUGUUCACAAGUGUGAAGAAAAUGUAAGUCUUCAGGAUUCUAGUCGCUACCUCAAAUUCCCCUUUUCAAAGGGACAUCUUCUUACAAACAACCACCAAGUAGUAAAAACCACUAAGGAGUCCUUCUGGAUUACGUCUUUCCUGUGCUCAACUAAACUCACUCAGAAUGGGGACAUGCUAGACCUUCUCAAAUGGCGAGCCCAUCCAGAAAAAAUUGCAGGCUGCCUCUCCAAAUUGAAGGAAAUCGAUGGGUCAGAAAUUGUCAAGUUUCUUCAAGAUACACUGGACACUUUAUUUGGAAUUUUAGAUGAAAAUUCUCAAAAGUAUGGCUCCCAAGUAUUUGAUUGUUUGGUCCACAUAAUUAACUUGCUGCAGGACAGCAAAUUUCAUCAUUUUAAGCCAGUUAUGGACACCUACAUUGAAAGUCAUUUUGCAGGAGCACUUGCAUACAGAGACCUCAUAAAGGUGUUGAAGUGGCAUGUAGAUCGAAUAACAGAACUGGAAAGACAAACACACAACCAGGAAGUAUUAAAGGCACAAGAAUAUAUAUUUAAGUAUAUAGUCCAGUCUCGGAAGCUGUUCUCGCUUGCUACUGGUGGACAAAAUGAAGAGGAAUUCUGCUGUUGUAUCCAAGAGCUGCUAAUGUCUGUGCGAUUCUUCCUUUCCCAAGAAACCAAAGGGACUAGUGCUUUAUCUCAGGCCCAAGUGGUCUUUCUGAAUUCCUUCCCAGCUGUAUACUCAGAGUUAUUGAAGCUUUUUGAUGUGAGAGAGGUGGCAAAUUUGGUGCGUGAUACCCUAGGAAGCUUGCCAACAAUCACAAAUUCAGAUGAAUCCCUUCAAGCUGUGAAACUCCAGUGCAUUGGAAAGACAGUUGAGAGCGAACUGUACACCAAUCCAGAGUCCAGAUAUAUCCUGCUGCCUGUAGUUUUACAUCACCUCUACGUGCAUCUGCAAGAGCAGAAGGACCUGAUCAUGUGCGCACGCAUCCUUAGCAACAUAUUUUGCUUCAUAAAGAAAAAUAGUUCUCUACACCCCUGUGGAUGUGAAGGAGACAGAACUUGUAGAAACCAGUCUGAAAAUGGAGAAGCCUCACAUCAUGGGGCAUUCCCUUUCGCACGCUUUAACAAUCCACAAAGAGGAAGAAAAGAGAAAUUAGAAAAGUCAAUUUUGGAAGAAAUAGAUGUCAUAGUCAAUAGUUUGCUAGAUGUGCUGCUGAGGACCAUCCUGGAGAUCACGAGCCGCCCUCAACCAGCAGGGACUGCGACAAGGCUACAGUUUCAGGAUGUUACAGGAGAAUUUGUUUCGUGUCUAUUGUCAUUAUUACGACAAAUGACAGACAGGCAUUAUCAGCAACUUCUGGACAGAUUCAAGACAAAGGAUGAGCUAAGAGAUUUCUUGUUACAGAUAUUUACUGUCUUUCGGAUAUUAAUACGGCCAGAAAUGUUCCCAAAAGAUUGGACAGUGAUGCGUUUAGUUGCUAACAAUGUUAUCAUUACAACAGUGUUGUAUCUUUCGGAUGCCCUUCGUAAAAACUUUUUAAAUGAGAGCUUUGAUUACAAGAUAUGGGAUUCCUACUUUUAUCUUGCUGUCAUUUUUAUAAACCAGUUGUGUCUGCAAUUAGAGAUGUUCACACCUUCGAAGAAGAAAAAGGUAUUGGAAAAAUACGGUGAUAUGCGAGUGACAAUGGGAUGUGAGAUCUUCAGCAUGUGGCAAAAUUUAGGGGAACACAAAGUCCAUUUCAUCCCAGCAUUGAUUGGGCCUUUUUUAGAAGUGACCCUGAUACCUCAGUCUGACCUUAGGAAUGUAAUGAUUCCUAUUUUCCAUGAUAUGAUGGACUGGGAACAAAGGCGAAGUGGCAACUUUAAACAGGUAGAAGCAAAAUUGAUUGACAAAUUGGAUAGCUUAAUGUCAGAAGGAAAAGGUGAUGAAACAUACCGGGAACUCUUCAAUAGUAUAAUUCCACUCUUUGGUCCUUAUCCCAGCCUGCUGAAGAAAAUUGAACGUGAAACAUGGAGAGAAAGUGGUGUUUCAUUAAUUGCCACUGUAACCCGUCUCAUGGAGAGGCUGCUGGACUACAGGGACUGCAUGAAAAUGGGAGAAGUAGAUGGAAAAAAGAUUGGCUGUACUGUCAGCUUGUUGAAUUUCUACAAAACAGAACUGAACAAGGAGGAGAUGUAUAUUCGGUAUAUACAUAAAUUGUAUGAUCUACAUUUAAAAGCACAAAAUUUUACAGAAGCUGCUUAUACACUGUUAUUAUAUGAUGAACUAUUGGAAUGGUCAGACCGGCCGCUGCGAGAAUUUCUGAACUAUCCCAUGCAGACCGAGUGGCAACGUAAAGAAUAUCUUCAUCUCACUAUAAUUCAGAACUUUGACAGAGGAAAAUGCUGGGAGAAUGGCAUAAUCUUGUGCAGGAAGAUUGCUGAGCAGUAUGAAAGCUAUUAUGACUACAGAAACCUCAGCAAGAUGCGGGUGAUGGAAGCCUCUUUGUAUGACAAAAUAAUGGAUCAGCAGCGUUUGGAGCCAGAGUUUUUCCGGGUUGGGUUUUACGGGAAAAAGUUUCCUUUUUUCUUACGAAACAAAGAGUUUGUUUGCCGAGGCCAUGACUAUGAGCGUCUGGAGGCCUUUCAGCAGCGGAUGUUAAAUGAGUUCCCACAUGCCAUUGCUAUGCAACAUGCCAAUCAGCCCGAUGAAACCAUCUUUCAAGCGGAGGCACAAUAUCUGCAAAUCUAUGCUGUGACACCAAUUCCGGAAAGCCAAGAAGUAUUGCAGAGAGAAGGCAUUCCGGAUAACAUCAAAAGUUUUUAUAAAGUUAAUCACAUCUGGCGAUUCCGAUAUGACAGGCCAUUCCACAAAGGGACCAAAGACAAGGACAAUGAAUUCAAGAGUUUGUGGGUAGAGAGGACUACAUUGAUCUUGGUGCAGAGUUUGCCUGGAAUUUCCCGUUGGUUUGAAGUGGAGAAACGUGAAGUGGUGGAAAUGAGCCCUCUGGAGAAUGCUAUUGAAGUGCUGGAAAAUAAAAACCAGCAACUGAGAACACUGAUCAGUCAGUGUCAGACUCGACAGAUGCAGAAUAUUAACCCUCUCACAAUGUGCUUGAAUGGGGUCAUUGAUGCAGCUGUGAAUGGUGGAGUUGCCAGGUACCAAGAGGCAUUUUUUGUGAAGGAAUAUGUCCUGACUCACCCAGAGGAUGGAGAGAAGAUCGCAUGCUUGAGAGAACUGAUGCUUGAACAGGCCCAGAUUCUAGAAUUUGGACUAGCUGUGCAUGAAAAGUUUGUCCCUCAAGAUAUGAGGCCAUUACAUAAAAAACUAGUGGACCAGUUCUUUGUGAUGAAAUCAAGUUUGGGAAUACAGGAAUUUGCUGCAUGCAUCCAGUCCAGUCCAGUCCAUUUUCCGAAUGGGAGCCCCCGCGUAUCUAGAAAUUCAAUGCCUGUUUCUAUGAGCCCAGAGGGUGCCAGAGUAAUUCCUAGACGUAGCCCAUUAAGUUACCCAGCUGUCAACAGAUACUCUUCCUCAUCAUUAUCCUCUCAAGCUUCUGCAGAGGUCAGCAAUAUAACUGGACAGUCCGAAAGUUCUGAUGAAGUUUUCAACAUGCAGCCAAGUCCAUCUACCUCAAGCCUGAGUUCCACUCAUUCCGCUUCACCUAAUGUGACCAGCUCUGCUCCAUCCAGUGCCAGAGGCUCACCUCUGUUGUCUGACAAGCUUAAACAUUCCAGAGAAAAUUCUUGCCUAUCUCCAAGGGACAGGCCCUGUAGUGCCAUUUACUCUAAUGCUGCUGAGCCUUCACAGCCUGCAAACUCUUGCUUUGCCAAGUGGAAUGAAGCCUCCAUUCCGCGCUGCAUCAGAGAUUCACCAAGGGAGGCUGAAGAGCAUGUAGGCCCAGUAUCUGCUCUGCCAGAGGCUUACCUGACGGGAAAAUCUCCCAAUCUACCAACAUCCUCAGUAGCCCCUGACAGGAGAAUUCUAUACAAUCAUAUUGGAGAUGGCGCUUUGCCUAGAAGUGAUCCUAAUUUAUCCGGUCCUGAGAAAGCUGUAAACAGCACUCCCAGCAGCUGGAGCCUAGAUAGUGGGAAGGAGGCCAGAAACAUGUCAGACUGUGGGAAGCUAAUGUCUCCUCCUGUGCCACCACGCCCCACACAAACUGCAUCACCAGCUCGACACCUAACCUCAGUUUCCCCCUCUCCUGCUGGAAGAUCUCCAAUGAAGAACUGUGGACAAUCGUUUACUCCAUCUCCUGUGGACUACCAUUCCUCCGGACUCAUCUCUAACUCCCCAGUCUUGUCAGGAAGUUACAGCAGCGGUAUCUCCUCACUUAGUCGAUGUAGCACAUCGGAAACGUCUGGCUUUGAAAGUCACAUCAUUGACCACUCGAUACCAGUUUCUAACUGCAAUAUUUCUGAAGAACCAGUGAGAAAAGAAAGUAAGACUCCGCCACCUUAUAGCGUGUAUGAACGGACACUGAAGCGCCCCGUCCCACUACCUCACAGUCUUACCAUCCCAAUUCCUACGGAUCCACCAGCACUGCCCCCCAAACCCCUCUUGGUCCGACCGAACAACCUGGAAAAUAGUAACAAGAGAACUGAACAGGUCCCACGUCCCAGGCCGCUGCCACGAAAAGUGUCCCAAUUAUAGAAAGAAAGAAAAAGAAGAAGGAAGGAAAGGAAGAAAAGAGAAGCUAGAAUGUCAUUUUUGUAAUGACAAGUGGAAAAGAAAACCACAUCUAAUAUAGGCACUUUAAUAUUUUUCACAAAAAUACUUUACAGUGGUUUUUUAAUUGCUUAAUAUUAUGUUGCACAUUUUGGUUAAAUGACAAUAUUAACCCAGAAUGCAAGAUGUUAUAGAAACAGGGAAAAAGACUGAGAUAAUUACCUUAGUAUUAAGUACUGGAAAACCGGAUGCAUAUUCAUUUGAAUGAGCUUGUUUUUUCCUCCCAAAUGUAAUUUAAUCAAAACUAUACUUCUCUUCCAUAACCCCUUGUUUAUAUGAUGCUGUACUUUUUAGAGCAUGCAAAGUAGUAUGGUUUAAACUAAGUAUAUUAAAAGGCUCCUGUAAUAAGAUAUGAUUUCUAAAUUUUUGCAAAUAGUUUGAAAGCUCUUCUCUUUUGAGCCUGCUAAUUCAUGUACACAAACAAAAGUGAUGAUAAGUCAAAUCAUCAGAUUACAAUAUUUAAAAGACAUUGUUGUAUCUGAUUUCAUGAAACAAAGUUCCUUCUUUCUAAGAACAUAUUCCUGCAUUUUAUUAAAUGUAUUGAUAUACAUUUUCAGAUUUUCUUUUUUGUUUAAGGAGAAAAGUUUAGCACUAUGCUAUUGAUUUGUCUAUGUGAGUCGCACAAUUUCAUCAGAACUUACUUUAAUUUUCUUGAGGUGCAAUUUACUUCACAGUUCCAUAUAGCUGAUAAAAUAGAAUAGAAUUUGGUUGCUGAAUCUGUACCCAACAUAAAGGUUCAUUUAAGAAAAGCACCUUUUGUUUCAAGACAGGAAAUUAAUUCUUGAGUUAUUCUUGUGGUUCAAAUGUCUGUGUCCAUUAGGGAACCAAUAAAUGACCAUUGCCAGUGCUGGAAACGAAGUGUAAAGAAUUGAGAUAAUUGUGUACAAAUACGUGUUCAUCAGAUCUGACUGGAAAGCGCAUUAAAUGUAGGGUUCAAAUAAGAGCAGUCUUAAUUUUUAGAAAGGAACACGAUGAAUUAUAUUUGUUACUCAAACAGCUUUAUAGCAACUUUUUUUGUCCAGUACAUGACAAAAAGCUUUGGGAGCAUCUGAGAAAAAGCUUUCCCCCCAAAUUCAGUUCCUUCCAAGCAACCAUGGAACUCAUGCAGGAUUUUUAGGAGGUUCUUGGCAUAUGCUAGUUGGCACACUUUCUCAACAUAGAUGGCAUGCUGUGUUGAUUGGUAUAUUUUUUCUAUCUAGUGUAAGUUAGCAUCAGAACUUACAAAAGGUUCAAAUAAAGGGUUGUUAGUGUGGCAUUCUCAAUAGAUGGUGAAAACCUUUGAAAUAUGCAGAUUUAAGGAUUCCACUGCUUUUCCAAGCAGAUCUUCCUGUAUAUUUUAAAGAAGCAGCAUAUAAUACAUGCUUGCGAAGUCUACAAUGAUUGUUGUAUAUCUUAUUGGAAUGCAAAUUAUGAAACUGCUUUUAGGCAUCUUGGCCUAACAGAAAGAAAAAAAAUCCAGGAUGAAGGAACUUUGCAGUUCUGGACUCUCAAGAAGCAAAGCCAGAUCUCCCAAAGCAAAAGUACUGAGACAUGGACUCUACACAUUUAUUUGACCCCCCCCCCCCUUUCAUUAGAUAGCAUUUCUCCACCCUGCUGCUACCUGUUCCACAUAUGUACAAACAGAAAAUUUGUCCAUAAUUAAGAAGUGCUCCAUUGCGUUGGACCUGUUCCUGUACAGUGUGUUAUCUGGAAGUGUCCUUGCCAGAUAAUAUUUUCUAGGUAGAGUUAAGGUUCAUCCAGACUGAUUAAACAGACCAGAUUGUGUUCUUGUUCUUUUUGAUUUGUACACAUUUUAUUUAUUCCAGAAUAUUUUCUGUCAAUUCUCAGUACAAUCAGAGACUUUUUAUACUAGCGCCUCAGGUCAUUUUAUUUUAACCCAAUGUAAAAUAGGAAAGAACAAGAACAAAACCUGGAACUUUUCAAUCAGUCUGGAUGGGUCUAGAAUGCUCCUGUAGAGCCUUUCAGAAACUCAUGUUCAGUUGUAGGACUGUCAAAACUUAAAACAACUUGGUUUCCCCAUAUAUGUACUGUUUCUGAUAUCCUAAUGUAUGACCUGUCAUUUUCAGUCAUACCAUGAUAAAGUUAUCUCCCUGUUUUGUUGGGAAGCUUGUGUUGAUUUAACCGUUCGCCUUGUUCAUAGCUUAACUGGAACGUAGUGACCACUUUUUAUAUUCCUUCAUUGAAACCUUCAGCAGGUAUAUGCUGUUAAUGGUAGCUAUAGAAGUUUUCUAUAAUAAAUGUUCAAGUAUUUUUGUAUAUAACUGGUUAAUUUUAAUAAGGAGUACAGCUAUGUGGGGCGGGUGGGAGGGGGGAGAAGCGAACAGUUGUGUAUGCAGUAUGAUUGUUAUAAUUAUGCCAAAUACUUUAUGUAAGUGGGGGCACAGGGAAGACUAUUUGUACAUAUGUGCUUUUAACAAUUCUGCCAUAUUGAUUCUACAACUUUGAAUGUCAGAAAAAUAUAUUAAUAUAUGGUGAAAUAUCUAUGUUUAGCAAAAGUGUUUAUAACUGGAAAAGGAGCAUAUGGAUUUUAGCUUUGUACCUUGCUGAUUUUGAAGUCCUGAGAUUUCUUGAACUAGCUCUUGCUUUUGAUCAUAACAUUUUGAUGUGUCUGCUUAACCAGAUUUUUGAAGCUCUUAGUUACAUAUUUAUGUUUUUUUUAAAAAAAAAACAAACAAAAUGGUAUUGUAAUUUAAAUAAAGUGUCACAAACUGGAUAACAAAUCCACUUUCAUUCCUCCCUAGUUUAUACAUAUAGCUGAAUUAGUGUGUUGCUUGGUACUUCAGCUUACUCUGAAUCAGUGUUAUUUGCUCCUCAAGUCCAUUUAAAAAUAUAUUCAAGAAUAAGCAGAAGUUUUACUCCUGUGCACGUAUUACUGAUGUCUGCUAGCAGCAAAACAUUUUAAUGUAGUUAAAUGUUUACAGAUGGUUAUGCUGGUUGCUGAAGAAACGUAAAUACAAAAUAAAAUGGAUUGAUCAUCAUUGUACCACUGUUUUCUACUGAGUGCUGCAUUGUAUAUCAGUUUGCCAUUGAAUUAAAGCUUCAGAUUCCCUACUUGGAUAUAACUUGAUUUCUGAUUUUUGUUUUGGACCAAAAAAUGAGGAAAGGAUAUCAACAGGUUUCUUUGCACUUUCCCUCCCUUUAUACCCCAAGCUUUAACUGCAUACUUUUUUCAGACAUUUAGCAACAGCAUAUCAGAAGAUAAUUUUUUUUUGCUCAUGAAAUGGUUUAGCCCAAGGACAAGACUCUUGCCAGCUGACUGCCAACAGGACAGAAUUUUUUUUUACUUCUCUCUCUCGCAGCCCUUUGUGCUUCCCAAAAAGCAGUCUCCUAAGAUGGGUUUUAGUGGAAAAGCGGGAGGACCUCUCCACUAUCUCCUGUCCCUCCUUGACUUCUGUGGAUUCUGGGAUAUGUCUUAGAAGAUAUAUCUUUUGUGGGUACCUAAUGUUUUCCAUGUCUCUAACAAUCAUGUUUGUUACUACCCUGUUUCCCCGAAAAUAAGACAGGGUCUUAUAUUAAUUUUUGCUCCCAAAGAUGCACUAGGUCUUAUUUUCAGGGGAUGUCUUAUUUUUCCAUGAAGAAGAGCUCACAUUUAUUGUUGAACAACAAAAUGAACAUUUAUUAUAUACUGUAAAGUAGUUGUCAUCACAAACCAGCAUAACCAGACAAACUAUGAAUCCUAUCAAGAAUUUCUUGUUACUACCAUUAUUUACAUGUACAACAAUCUAUGGUACCUCUUGCAAUUUAGGUUUCACAAGGUUUCCACGCUGAUUUCUCUCUAUUCUAGUUUCAAUGUAGUCAUGAAUGAUGAAUAAUAUAAUAUACUAUAAUAAUAAUAUGAUAAUAUAAUAAUAAUAUAAUGAUAUACAAUAUAUUAAUGAGAUAAUAUAAUAUAGGAUAUAAUAAUAACAGAAAAUGAUAAUAUGGUAUUAAUAGGAUAAUAUAAUAAUGGGAUAUAAUAACAGAAUAGCAUAAUAAUAUAAUAAUAAUAGGAUAAUAUAAUAGAAUAAUAGAAUGGAAUAGAAUGAUAUAAAAUAUAUUAAUAGGAUAAUAUAAAAUGGAAUAUAAUAAUAACAGAAUAUGCUAAUAAUAAUAAAAUAAUAAAAUAAUAUAAUAGAAUAAUAGUAUAGAAUAUAAUGAUAUAAAAUAUAUUAAUAGGGUAAUAUAAAAUGGAAUUUAAUAAUAACAGAAUAAUAAUAUAAUAAUAUGAAAAUAUAAUAGAAUAAUAAUAGAAUAAUAAUAUGAUAUAAUAAUAGUAGAAAAAUAUAAUAUAAUGAUUUAAAAUAUAUUAAUAGGAUAAUAUAAUAAUGGGAUAUAAUAAUAGUAACAGAAUAUGAUGAUAAUAAUAUGGCAAUAGAAUAAUAGUAUAAAAUAAUCAGUUUCAUGGCAUAGGAUAGGAAGAUGAGAGGAGAAUCCCAAUGCGUCCUGUACCUUUAAGGAGCAAAAGCAGCAGGACGAAAGCCCUCUUCCUUCCCUCCCUCCCACCCUCCCUUGCCCUGGCUCCAGGAGCCAAUCAGAAGCCUCAGGGAAGCAAGGCAGCAUGGCCAGGAGGGAGACGGAAGGAAGGAAGAAACGGCAGCGCAGCAGCAGCCACGGAAGGUUCUUCAAGCCUCGGCUGGGGGACAGGCAAGGAAAGGCAAGGCAGGGAGGGAGGGAGGGAGGCACAGAAAGCAAGCACUUUCCCUUCCUCCCUCCGGUGUAUGAAUGAGUGCUGCUUCUGCCCUGCAGCCAUGCUUCCCAAUGGAACUCUGCUGCAGCCUCAGUUGCUAGGUCUUACUUUCAGGGGAGGCCUUAUAUUUGGCAAUCCCCCCAAACCCUUGCUAGGUCUUAUUCUUUGGGGAGGUCUUAUUUUCGGGGAAACACGGUAGGUGACACAAUUACUUCAUUUGCAUUGUAGCACUAAGAUAGCAUUUAUCAUUGCAUGGCUGAAUGGUGGCAAAUUGUAUAGAAUGAGUGUACAUAUCAUCAUAAGCACACAUGUUUAUUUAUAGAUAACUGAAACUCACACCCAGAGCAAAUAUUUUAUGCUUAAUUCUACCCACCCUCAAUUUUGCCAACUUGGCAAUUAGCUGUCCUUGCUUGCAUUGCAUCAGUAGGUAGUGUGGAAAAGUGUGUGUGUAUGAGGGUGACACAAAUAUUUGUGCAAUUUUAGCUUAGUUGUGCUUAUAAAGCUUUUAUUGAUCUUUUAAUACACAAGCACACAGAAAUACAACAGCAGUUGAAGAAAUGGGAGAACAUGUAACAAGCAUUAAAGUUUAACUUACAAUACUCUUUAUAUAAUAAAUAUAACAAACAUUAAAGUUUGACAUUCCCUCUAAAAUGAUUUAACAUUGUGGUGAAUGUUGCUUGGCUUCUACUUUGACUUACAGGCAGUCCCUGAGUUACAAACUUACUUACAAAUGACACGUAGUUAAGAAAUAAAACCCUCGGAAGGGAAAUUCACUCCUGAAAGAAUGAAAAGGUGUCUCAACUGAAGCUUUCUCACCAAUCCUCAUUUCAAAAUCCUAUUAUCACAGGGACAGAAAGUGAAGUCUUAACCUUUCUCGAUGCUAUCCAAAGCUAUAGACAGAUUUGGCUGGAGUUAUAUUUAAAAAUGUACCUGUUACAACUUACAUACAAAUGCAACUUAAGAACAAACCUACAGAACCUAUCUUGUUUGUAACUUGGGGACUGCCUGCAUUAGCUUGAUCAGGAGGUAUUUACUUCUGUUUGUAGCAGAGUACACAUUUCUUCCUCCCUCUAAAAGUCUAGAAAUUGUAUUUGUUUUCUCCAUCCCAAAACCUUUUAUAUAUUCCCAGGCUUUACACAGGGUGAGAUAUUGCAUCCUUGAUACUAGAUUGGAUAUAUUUAUAAAUAAUAUAAACGUUCAUAUUGUCCUUCAAGCAUCUAUAGAUGGAUCUUAGCCUCUGUUUUAUCUUCAUGACUGUCCUGUGAGAGAUGGAAAUCAGGGAUUGAACCAAGAUCAUUCAAUAGCCUCUGGGCUUGCAUUGGGUUUGGAAAAUAGGUCUGUGACAAACCUAGUCUGGCUUGCUAAAUGCUGCAAGCGCUUCACUAAGAAUAAAAUUGUGGGCCUUGUCAUUGAAAGGAAAACAGGGCACAACAGAUAAGAUUAUUUAUCACACUAUUCUAGUAUCUCAACUUGGACAAGUUGUUUUUGUGGAGUAGCACUCACAGAAACCUUCAGCCAACAUGGGCAGCAAUUCUUCCAAGCACUGAUCUUACCAGAUGGUAAAUAUAAGUAUUGCUAUAAGUAUGUGGAGUAGCAGGAAUUCUUCCAACUAUUUUUAAAAUAACAAACAACAGAAAUGCACUGAGGGAUAAAUAGGAAGAUGAUUAAGUAUUGUGGUUUUGACACCAAAUCCCAAACAUGCUUUCUUUUCCAGUUAUAACACACGAUCUCUGUGGACCACUUGUAUUUAGAUUUUUAAAAGUGUAUUUUGGAAAAUAAUAUGUUGGCAUCACCACCCACAGCUUGAAAGGCUACUUGUAAAUAAAGCUUGUCUACAAUGUGUUUCUUACUAACA